AUGAAUCUUAUAUUGCUUGUAGUUGCCGCUUUAGAGGCAUCGAGGGUUGUACUUUGUACACCUGGUGGCGAUCUCAAAAAAAUUGAGCCUAAGAGGAAUAAUCCUUCAAAGAUGUAUCAUACUUUGGAUAUAACUAGUCAGAUUAGCAGAAGCUUGUUCGUUUUUGAUAAAAAGGAGAUUAACGGCGUCAUGUACAAUGACCUCACUGUAAAACCGGGUGUUUCUAUAGAUGAAAUUUACGAUGGAGAUUCAGAGAUUUGGAGAGCUAAGCCCAACAGGCAACUUAUGAAACUUAUGAUAAUUCAGGAAAGGAAAAGUAACACUUACAUUGUCUUAACGAAGGAUAAAUAUGAUAGAUUGGCCGAAACUUACAUUUUGGUGACCAGGGUUCUCUUAUCAUUUGACCCUUUUAUGGAUCUAGACUAUCCACUACCAGAACACUCUCCAGAUUCUUAUCAAGAAAGAGCUAAAAACCUGAGAACAACUGAAACUCAGACCGAACCUCAAGUUAAAAGACCUAUAAAAGAUCCAAAAGCUCCAUUUCAGAACAAAGAAUAUAUGAGUGAUCUAUUACCAAAUUUUGUAACAAAGGCAAAAUUCAGAGAAAUGGAGGAAGAUGAAAAGAUUAAAGAGAAUUCAGCUGGGAAGGAUUCUGGUCCAAAAUAG